AAGGUCAGAGGGCGCGAAUGAAGGAGGGAGCGGGCAGGCGCGAUGAUGGCGGCCGGGAAGUCGCGAUGCAGCGAGAAGGGGAAAGUCAGCCGGCGGCGUAAAGGAAAUAAGAAUCCAGAUGCUCUGAAGAAUGAAGAUGCUGCUCAAAGGAAAGCAGCUCUGGAGGCUGCUGUGAGAAAGAAGAUUGAAUUUGAAAAAAAGGCGUUGAAUAUUGUUGAACAGCUCCUGGAAGAGAACAUUACUGAAGAGUUCCUUCUGAAUUGUGGAAAAUAUAUUACCCCAUCUCACUAUAAAGACAUUGUUGAUGAACGGUCUAUCAUCAAACUGUGUGGUUAUCCUCUAUGUCAAAAUAAACUGGAAAAUGUGCUGAAACAGAAGUACAGAAUUUCAACAAAAACAAACAGAGUUUAUGACAUCACAGAAAGAAAGUGCUUUUGCAGCAACUUUUGCUAUAAAGCAUCCAAAUAUUUUGAAGCUCAGAUUUCCCAAAGUCCAGUAUGGAUGCGAGAAGAAGAAAAGCCACCAGACAUAGAGCUGCUGAAGAAGGGACAGAGUGGACAGUCUGGAGAAGAAGUGAAAAUAUGUGAUGAGACAAUUAAAGCAUCCGACAUUGAAAAUCAUAAUCCAUGUGAAUCUGCUUCUCAAGACAAAGCCAGUGACAGCAGUAGUGAUACCGAACAAGAAUUUGUUUCUUCUGUCCUACCAGGAAGUCAGUCAAGUUCAGCCAGUAUUGCACAGCAGUUGCACAGAAACAGCAUCCUCAAAAAGAAGCCUGCUCAGAAAGUAUAUUCCAGCCCUAAAACUGAAGACUCAGAUGUGGUAGAAGUCACUGAACGACUAUCUAAUUGUAAAUUAGAUGCUCAAGAAGAAAAACGUGCUUGCUCUGGUCAUAAUGAAGUAACUGUAACACCUUCAACAGGUGUGACCCCAGGGAAACCAAGUGCUUCAGAAAACUGUGAAAAUACCUGUGGUUCACAGAUAGUUUAUCUAGGUGUGAGCAGAAGAGGGGCAGAACAUCUUAAAAGAGCACUAGCUAACUCAAAGGAGCAUAGAACAGCAGAACUGAGGCAUCCAGUUAAUUCCAAGGGCAGUUUAUUACAAGUGCUUAAGCAAACACUUACAGAAUGGAGAACUGAGGAAACUUUAAAAUUUCUCUAUGGCCCAAACUACAGUUCUUUAUGUUCUUCAGAGAGCAUAGCAUCUGCUGACCGGGAGAAUGAAGAGCUUGAUGAGGAUGACUUAGAUACAGCUGAUGAUCUUAAUGCUGGUGCUGUAGGGGGGUCUGAAAACAGUUUGAACUAUUCAUUACCUUUCACAGGCCCAGGUGGAAUAGUUAAGCCAGUGCCUAGUUAUGAAAAGUUAAAAGAAGAAACAGAGUUCCUACAACUCCGAGUAAAAGAGUUCUAUAAAGGAAAAUGCAUCUUGGCUGAAGAGGCAGAGACAAGUGCACAAGCAGAGGAACAUCCAAGCAAAGAUGAGGAUGAUCAGCAGGAAGAUCUCACCUUCCCACUUGUUGAUUCAAAUGCACAAAUGCAGAUUAGAAAGAGAAUCGUCCUUGAAAAACUCAGAAAAGUACUGCCUGCAGUUUUGGGCCCUCUUCAGAUUACUCCGGGUGAUGUUUAUACAGAGCUGAAAAAUCUUGUCAGAACUUUCCGGUUAACAAACAGAAAUAUUAUUCACAAAAUGCCUGAAUGGACUCUAAUUGCUAUUGUUUUGUUAUCUGUAUUGUCACAAACUACUCCGCUUUUCAAGAGUACUGAGAUGAGCCCAGUGCACACCCAGUUCCUGACUACAUUGCUGGAGGAACUGCAUUUCACAAAAGAAGAUCUGGAAAGUUUAACAAGAGUAUUUCUCAAGGACUGCCUGCUUCAAUGAAUAAGGUGAUCAUGUUAACAUCUCCUGCUAUCUGAAAUAGUGGUUCAGAGAACAGAAGAACACCUUCAACUGUUGGACCUUCUUUCUUUAAAAAAAGAAAAAAAUACAUUUACUCUUAAUUAUACUUCUUGCACUUUUGAUUUUUCAUUUCCUUCCUAUGAAUAAGAAUUCUCAAGUCUUGUGGAGAAGCCAACUCUAACAGCAGUUGUUUAAGACUAGGUAAAACGUAGAUCAUCUGAAAACCGUCUAUUUAAAAGCAGUAAAAAGGAAUUUGCAUUGGUUGGGAUUUUACUUGCCCUGGAAAUCUUUAGCCAACAUUUGUCUACAAGAACUGGGGAACGAAAGGAAAAAAAACAAGCAUAUUAGCCUGGAGUGUUAAGAACACUGUAGCUGACAUUUUUCCAAUUGAUCCAAUGCUUGGAACAGUAAUCUUUAAAAACAAUGACAAGAGUAUAUAAAGAUGUCUGAUGUAUAGCCUGUUUGUCUUACUGCUUAUGAGAAAUGUGGUGGUCUUUGAACUUGUGUACAAGGUAAAUAGCUUCUAAUGGUUACUAAUUUGGACUUUAAAAUAUAUUUUAAUAACUAAAAGCUGAA